AUGGCAGGAAAGAAGUUCCGCAGUUUGUACCUCGGUAAGGUGGAGCUUGGUGAUCCAUCUAUUUUCCCUGCUGUCAUUGUGGAGCAUGUUCCUAGCGCAGACCUCCUACACAACUACUCUGGCUUAUCCUGCGUGGAUGAACCCAGUGACAUGAUCACUGAGAGCUCUCUGGAUGUCGCAGAAGAGCAAAUAAUAGAAGAUGAUGAUAUCACCCUCACAGUUGAGGCGUCUUGUCACAAUGGAGAUGAAACAAUGGAAACAAUCGAGGCUGCUGAAGCACUUCUUAAUAUGGACUCCCCUGGUCCUAUGUUGGAUGAAAAAAGAAUAACAACUAUGUUUGGUGCAACCGAAGAUGAUGAUAUGGUGGCUCCUAUUACACACGUGUCAGUCACACUUGAUGGGAUCCCUGAGGUGGUGGAAGUUCACCAGGCCCCAGACCCUUACGCCGAAUCACCAGAGACUCCAGAAUUUGAACAACCAAAGAAGAAAAAAGGGAAGAAGUCAAAACCAUUGCGUCCUGAGUCCCCUACUGCAACUCCAAACAUAUCUGUGAGAAAGAAAAACAAAGAUGGAAAGGGAAAUACAAUUUAUCUUUGGGAGUUCUUACUAGCACUGCUCCAGGACAAAGCUACAUGUCCUAAAUAUAUCAAAUGGACUCAAAGAGAGAAGGGCAUUUUCAAACUGGUAGAUUCCAAGGCUGUGUCCAGGUUGUGGGGCAAACACAAAAAUAAACCAGACAUGAAUUAUGAAACAAUGGGUAGAGCUCUCAGAUACUAUUACCAAAGAGGAAUACUGGCUAAAGUAGAAGGUCAGCGCCUAGUCUAUCAAUUUAAAGAAAUGCCAAAAGAUCUCGUCUAUAUAGAUGAUGAGGACGCAAGCCCUAGCACUGAAUCAUCAGAUUCAAGUCUGCUCUCAACUCCUGUGGCCAACAGAAACCAAUCGAGCAGGUCUAGAGCGUCCACGAACACGGGAACAAAGGGAGGCUCAACCGCAGUGCUCAAAACAGGAAACGCAAAGCCUGCUAAGCUGAAGGAGCACGGAGAGGUUGUGCAGCGGCAGACACCUGGCUUGACUUCAGAAGUUUUGAGGACAAUGCAGUCUCCGCAGCCAGUACAUCCCACGCAGCUUUUUCGGACAGUUCACGUAAUGCAGCCAUUGCAGCCCCUCGCGGAAGGACAUGCAGCUGUAACCAGUAAUGUUCCGGAUGAAACGUUAAAUCCUUCGGUUCAGAAUAUAAGGACUUUACAGACUCCAACCCAAGUCCCGGUGGUUGUUUCUCCUGGAAAUCAGCAGCUGCAUACUGUAACACUCCAGACAGUGCCUCUUACUACAGUGAUAGCCAGCACGGAUCCAGCCUCAGCAACAACGCCCCAAAAAUUCAUUUUACAAGCCAUUCCUACUUCUCAACCCAUGACGGUGCUUAAAGAAAACGUCAUGCUGCAGUCCCAGAAGCCAGUCUCGCCCCCUUCCUCGAUUGUGCUGAGCCCAGCACAAGUCCAGCAGGUGCUCACCAGCAGCGUGCAGACAAUUUGCAAUGGAACAGUCAACAUGGCUUCGUCUCCAUCCUUCAGUGCCACCACCCCAGUGGUAACAUUUUCGCCCAGCAGCUCGCAGGUGGUAGCUCAUCCGUCGGGCACGGUGAUCACCUCGGUUAUUAAAGCGCCAGAAACGAAACAGGUCGGCAUGCAAGGAGGGAUAAAAGAAGAAGACAGUGACAGAUCAGAUGAUAUGGAGCAGUCGGAGCAGAGAUUCCAGCAGCAACCGUUUGUGAUGGUCGUGUCCAGUUCGAAUGGUUUCCCAUCUAACGUGCAAGUGAAGCAAGAAAAUGAGCCAUUGGAACCCAGCUCAUAUUAAUUAAUAAAUUUUUAAAAGACCCUGUGGAUAAUUAUUUUCAUAAAUGUGAUGGGACCUUUUCAGUUAUGUAUAUAUGAUUUGAUUCUGAAGCAAGAUGUUGCAAAGCUACCUAAUUUCUGCAGUUAAUUGUUAGAAUUCAUGCUUUAGAAUGGAUUUUGAUUUUGUUAAUUGCUCAAUGUUAUCAUAUAAAUAAAAUCAUAUAUUACUUGUGUUUCAGAAUACAGGCAUGAAGGAACAUGCUUUUUAUGCUAUGAAGACUUUCUCCUGAGGUUGUUGGCCAAAGUUUCAAACUUCUUUCUUACUGUAUCUUUUCAGUCUCUUGCCAAUCUGCAUUGCAGUAAUGUUGUUAUAACCUUUUCUGUUUAAUCUGUACAUGUAUCACUUAACUUUUAAAGCAACAGUUACUUUUAGUGGGACGUUUUCAUUCCAUGCAUAUGAAUUUUUAUGAGCAAGUAUGGGUUUUAUACUGGUGAAUGACACCAGUUUUAGACUUUGAUAACCAGGUAUCCUCUUGCAAUUUUUGCAGCACAAGCUCUUGUGUGUGCAGAAUGGAAUAUACACUCCUAUUGAGAGUACGCAAAACAUUUAUUCCAGUAAUGGACAAUGCCAUGUCUGUAUUUUAUAUGAAAACAUCAGAUAUAUUUAAUGACAGAAGCUAACGGCAUCACUACAGGUGCAAACGUUUCAGGCCAUUUUGCAACUAUGAAGCUUAACAAUCUUGCUUUCUACUUCAGAUUAUUUUGUAAGGGGGGAGGGAAAUGAAAUAUAUACAAUUUAUGCAGGUAUUUGGAGAUUAAUACUGCUAAGAGAGCUUUUUUGAUUGUAAAUAAUGUACAUUCAAUGUCACAAGGAAGUUUUUUCAGCUAAUUUGUUUCCAUAUGAAUUUUUGAUAGAUGCAAAUAAGAUCAUUAUGUUUAGAGGUCUAAUGUUAUAUGUAUCCAUAUUACAGAGUGAAUUUGUAUUUAAAGACAAAUUUUUAAAUGAUGGAGCCCUCUGAACCUUGGGUCCUUGUCUUUUGUAUUUUUAAUUGGUUUAUUAUGAAAAUAAAUCAAGUGGAAAAACA